CAACCCCGUUUCGUCUUUCAUCAAAAUCAAAUAAAAACGUAACUUCCUUGUUUUUAAAGCUGACGUCAUCGCCAUUGAGUUAAGUCUGUGAAUGGAGUAAAGGUCUCUUAAUUAUUAUUGAAAUUAAUUUUAAAUUGGACUAUUUUGGGUACUUCAGCAAGCUUGUUUUUUCUUGAAAUUUAUCUUAAUGGAAAAGAAAAUUGUGCAAAGGAAAGGGAAAACUUCAAAAAAUGAAAAGCAGAAAUCUUAUUCGGAAUCUGCGAGUCCAAGGCGGAGUCAUUCAUUAGAAGAAGACAAUGCAUACGGAAUCAUCUUUUGGGCUACAGUAGCGAUUUCGCAAAUCAUUGGCGUAGCACUCAUCGUCCUAUUGGUAGUGUGGGGUAACAAAUAUGGUGGUUUUGUUGCAACAGAUCCGAAAUUAAUCUUUAAUUAUCAUCCACUGUUCAUGGUUCUUGGAUUAGUCGUCUGUUAUGGAGAUGCUAUUAUUGUAUACAGAGUCUUGAGAUUUCUGCCUAAACCAUUACUAAAGAUCAUUCACGCAGCUCUUCACAUCUUGGCAAUUGUUUUCUCCUCUCUCGCCUUAGUUGCUGUUUUUGAAAAUCACCGAAGAUUAAAAAUGGAUGACUUGUAUUCUCUCCACAGCUGGAUAGGCAUUCUGGCCUUUGGAGCUUUUUGCCUUCAGUACAUUGGAGGCUUCGUGGUAUUUUUAUAUCCUGGAUUACCAGCUAACUGGCGUGCAAAAAUUAUGCCUUUUCAUUUGUUUUUCGGAGUGGGAAUUUUCGUUAUGUCUGUUGCAGCUGCUGGAAUGGGUCUUACAGAAAAACUACUUUGGACCUCGGGCUAUUCGAAACUUCAUGCUCAAGGCAUUAUUGGAAACUUAAUUGGUUUAUUGAUUCUUGUAUUUUCGCUUUUGAUUGUAUUCUUGGCAACGCAUAGUACUUACAAAAGAAAACCUCUUCCAAAUGAAGUACCCAAUUUCACAACAAACUGAACAAGUUAAAACAAAGUCAUCUUAAAACUCAUCAAAGCUAUGCGUGUUUCAUUGUUAAGGUUGCAAGAAAUAUUUGUACAACAUUUUUUUUAUUUGAAAUAAACUAUUUCCUUUUUUUAUAA